AUGAUUGCGCCGUUUUCUCAGUACGAAAGGGUCUGCGCCAACAACAACGAAACUUUCGUCUCCCUCUGCGACCUGUACCGUGAACGAUGCCUUUGCAAGAAGGGUUCAAAGCAAUGUGCGAAGAAGUCUCACGCCAAAGUUCACUUGGAAUACUUGGGAGAAUGCAAGCAACUGAGCGAGUGCACCGAAGAACUUAUGGCUCAAUUCCCUGAACGUAUGGCUGAUUGGCUCUUCCAGGUCAUGAAGGAGCUGAAGAAACGCCGUGAAUUGCACAAGCUCGAGUGGGAAGAACUCCUUCAAGAAGCUGAAGCUGAUGAUGAGAAGAGACACGUAUAUCCCGUAAUCUGGAAGUUCUGCGACUUGGACAUCAAGCCACAUGAUAAGGCAGUAUCCCACCACGAACUCAUCCCAAUCACGGCUCCUGUAAUUCCAAUGGAAUCAUGUAUCAAACCAUUCUUGGAAGGGUGUGAUACCGACAAUGACGGAACGAUCUCCAUCCAUGAGUGGGGCAAAUGCUUAGGACUUAAGGAUGGGGAGAAAGAAGAUCCAACAGGAGCAGCGGAACUCAAAAAAUGGCGAUGGAGGAGGGAAACUGGAAAGGAAAGGGUACCAACUGAGACUAUUACUUCGGAGUUUUGGAUCAUAGAUAGUUCUGAAAAAAUCUGGAAAUCAAAAUGUUUGGCUACCUAA